GCGCUCAAACACAAUAGCAGUCCGACGAUUUUAUUGUUUUUGGACCACCAAAUCCUUAUUAAGAGCUUCCUCCCAGCCAACAUCAAUAUAGUCGCAAUCUUUUAGCCUUUUCCUCUCGUCCCUCAUGCAAGCGUCGCAACUAGAUUCUUUACACUUACCCCACGUCUUCGAUACCAGAAUACACCCUUUAUUAUCGAUCUACACAUUGCGGUCUGCGAUCAAGCCGGUUCAAGGGUCUCCAGAUUUUGUACCAGCGCACAAGGCAUCUGCUCGCGCUUUUUGCCUACGCCGCGAUUUCAGUACAAAAAAUGGCAACGAAAAAAGGCAGCCAAACUCCUGGUGGUGAGGGGCGGAAUGCGACCCUGGACAACGCUUCGCAAACGCAUCCACAAACCUCGAAUACUAUGGAUGCAAACGGAGGCAGUCAAAAGAAGAAACCAAAGACGCCCAAGGAUGAUUCUUCUUCCUCAUCUUCUUCUAUCCAGACCCUUAAUAUUUGCCGGAAUAAGUAGGUUUGGUUAUGCGCCGCUGAUUUAUCUUGCAAAGUCGCCAUUUGCGAUCCAUUCGAUUACGCCGUUGACGCUUUACCUUAGGCAUUGGCGAUACAUCUCCGCUUUCCACGGCCCAUGGCUCCAGAUGCCUAUCGAGAUCCUCGAAACAAUUGCCAACAUCAACUACAAUACCCCCCGGCCGUGUCCUAUUGACCCUGCUGUCCUCUAUGAUCUACUGAAAAUUCGCCGUCUCGUCGACGAAGCCACCAAUCUCGCCGUGAGAGCUGCUAGUGACAUUGCCUCACCCGUGUUGACUAACGUCCAUGGUGGGCUACCCGGCGCAUCUCCCAUGUCUGUGUUGGGAAUGACGGGGCCAGGACACGGGACAAGACUGAGCCGCGAGCGCAAGUUUCGGAUGAGGGAGCAGGCAAGCCAGAAGCUUAGCCGUGCAUACCAUCUAGACGAGAUUGCUUGCAGCGUUGCAACAAUGCAGGGUGCAUCACCGAUUGACGAGAUUGGGGCGCUGGUGCUGUUGCGUAACACACAGGAUCCAGAUGCCAAAUAUGUACAUUUCUUUCAUGAGAAAAUACCCUCGCGUCAGUUGGCAGAGUCAACUAGUCUUCAGCCUUUGACAGAUAUCAUAUCCGAGAGGCCUAACGAGGGUGAAGCUCUCCGAACGCGUGCAAUCGUCAAAACUUUCAAGGAGGAUUUUGAAGGUGCGGCUCAUGACUUGACGGCCGCUCUCGCAGUGUGUCGAAUACAUCAACAGCCCCAUCGACUCAGUGGCGACGAACUAGAGUCCCAGUAUUCACAUCGAGGUAGACGAUGGCGUCAGGACAUCGUCCCAUCUGAGAAAGAGCAACCGAGUAGUUUGGAAUCUCAGCUGUUAUUCCUUCGUGGCGCGGCGUAUCUAUCAGUGGCAUGCCAGCAUAUCGUGGAUGGCAUCCCAACAAGUCAGAGCCAGAGUGGGCAUGCCGAUUCGCACAGCCCAGGCGAGGCCUCUGAUACAGAAGUCAGCGGCCGCAAGUCGCCAGAGAUUGAAGAAAAGUCUCUCCGUGAACAGACCGAAGCGCGGAAGCUUGUCAAGAAGUACGCAAAAUUGGCGAUUCGAGACCUCCUCGCCUUUAUGUCACAUUUUGACUACUCCCCCAAUUUACCGUCCUCCAUCGCAAAGGACUUUAAUGAUCGAGUCAAUUCCUCUGCAAGAGGCACCCGUAAUCCUCGCCCUUCUGAGGCCACAUACUCUCUCGAGCCACAUACCACUUACGCCAUCUCGGAACUCUUCGCCGCCGUCCCCCCUUCAGACCUCCCCCCAUAUCCUAGCCAAGAGUUGACAAACUCCAAUGGCAAAACACCGCUUUUCGAUGUGCCCCAGACAUGCGAAUGGUCGACCUACCACCCCCUUAUGGCCGACGCCCUUCACUCCCUCCUCCUCUGUCACUGCCUCGCCCAAACUUCGACCAAGGAGCUUGAACGCCACACCUACAUGGCGGCAAGGCUGAUCCGUAUCGCCGAUGGCUAUCCGGUCUUCCAACCUAGUCGUUCUGCUGCUCGGUCUGACUGGGUCGAAAUUCUCCGUCGUGCCGACGAUAACUGGCUACAGCUCAGCGCCUCUUGGGAGACCUUAUGCAUACCUGCGCCCCUGCCGUUCUUAUACGAUACCCUGCCCCAGAAUGUCUCAAAGAUGCACAUCGGUACUACUCGCAAGGAAGCUGCCGCCGCCGCCGCCGCAGCCGCAUCUCUGAUCAAUGGUGGAUCUGACAACGCUAGACCAGCCGUACCAAGUCCGGCAGACAAGGAGCGUCAGCUCAAACUGGAACACAACCGGCGAGUCUACGAAGCCCUUAAUGAUGAACGAGUCUGUGAUGAUGUUACGUUCCGUGCAUCCCUGAUGGCUAGAGAGAAGCGCGAUGAGAGAGAACGUGCAGCAACUGGCGCUGCUGCCAACGGCUCGUCAUCCAAUGCAACAUCUACUAAUAAUUCAGGUCUCAAGGGAUGGUCUGACGAAGAUAGCAACGACUACCCCCUUUGCAGUGUGAGGGCUAGCCUUAUUGGACAGUGGGUGCAGAAAGUACCCCGUGUCACUGGCACCACGCGGCGCAAGAAGCGUACCAAGAAGCCUGUCAGCAGGGCAAGUGAAGCUGGUCCUCCAGAGAAGAGGAACCUUGAAGAUGACAAAAGAUCUAUGCUGUUAUAACGACUCUUUGCUAACCCUCUGUUUACUUGGCCGCCAUUUUAUUGAUAUCUGAAAGAUGAUAUUUCGUGUACAUCACUAAGUGGUCUCGGGGCGGGACUUUUCAUGGCCAAUGCAUUUCAUACAGUAUAAAUCAAGACUUGAAACAGGAGCAGGUCUAUAAUUCAAGCGUCCUUCCGCAGACAAUGUCUAAUGUUUUAUAACCAAGAAACGCCGCCCAUGCUUAUAUAUCCCGUGAAACCAAUCCGU